UGUGAACUAUUUGCUCUCUUGCUGAGCUGCACACCAUAAAACCCUAGUGCUCCUUUUGGACAUAUUGGUUUUUCUUAUUCCCUCUAAUUUUGGUGGAAAUUAUGGCUAAUAACUCAACAGGUUUAGAGAGCCCAUGGCCAGAAAACUUUUGGGAUGAUCUGAUAAUGUCCUUCACAGUGUCUGUGGCCAUCGGGCUGGUGAUAGGAGGGAUAAUCUGGGCUCUGCUGUUCUGCCUAUCCCGCCGCCGAGCCAGUGCCCCCAUUUCGCAGUGGAGCUCCAGCCGGCGUACCAGACCCGCUCAUGGCCACAGUCUCAACAGGACCGGAUUCUACCGGCACAGCGGUUGCGAGCGGAGGAGCAACCUCAGCCUGGCCAGUCUCACCUUUCAGCGGCAGGCUUCUCUGGACCAAACCAAUUCUUUCCCAAGGAAAUCCAGCUUCCGGGCCUCCACCUUCCACCCCUUCUUGCAAUGCCCACCGCUCCCCGUGGAAACCGACAGUCAACUGGUGACUCUUCCAUCCACCAACACCUCCCCCGUCAUCAACCCCACCCACAGUCUGAGCCGCCCAGAGUUCCACUGGUCCAAUAACAGUCUCCGGAUUGGCCAUGCCACACAGACUCCUCCUCCUGCCUACGAGUCCAUCAUCAAAGCAUUUCCAGAUUCUUGAACUGAAUUUUGAUUCCUUUUGUGUGUGUGUGCUUGAGUGAGGGAAGAAAUUAUGUCUACUUUAUUACCUAGGUUUUUUAUUUCUCCAGAUAUGUGAAGCCAGCUAGGAAGUUCUCAAUGUUUAAAAUGGUAAGCGAAGGCCGAGCAACAUGGUACAUAAGAUGCCACGUUUUGCUUUGGAAAAUCGCAAUCACAUAUAUCACAAGACACAAAAUCUACUCUCCUCUCAACCCCUAAUCCUCUUCAAUCAAUGUCAUCAUGAAUCUUCAUAGAGUAAAAGGGAAGGAACUCUGUUAUCAAAGAGUCAUCUCUAGUACUGUGUGCUCAUUACAGACUUUUAAAAAAUGCCUACAAUUUUAGCCUGUUGGUUACAUUUGACUUAAAAAAAGAAAACAAAACAAAACAAAAACCCUCCCCCAAAACAAAGCCAAGACUUCUUAUUGCCAUUAUAAAUCUUACUACAAAAUGAUGGCGUGGAAAUAAAUGGUCAGUGUUUUCCCUUUGAAAAUGCUCAUUUGUUAAAGGCUGGUGCUCUCACUUGAAAUGAAUCCUUAACGCAUGCCACCCUUAGGCCAUAAGAGAAUGAAAUCCUAGGUUUACAAGAAGCAUUGUCUCUUAGGCAUUCUUUAGUAUUAGUAUCAGUAUUGUAUCUGAAUACUUGCUAGACUGCCUGGGGCAACUGAAUGUGUGAACAAGGAGAAGCAGAGACUGUGUUCAUGAGGACAAGGUUCUGAUGAAUCACAGGAACUGAACCUUCCCUAGAAAACUCCUUUUUUAGCACAGUGGAGGAAGAGUAGAUCUAUUUUAUGCUAUUUCGACUUGUAAGGUUGUUACCGUCAGGGAGCAUGUCCACUUAUUUCAUUCUAUUCUGCUCCAAGUGUUUAGUGUGGUGCUCUUCAGGUAGUAAGCACUCAUAACUACCACUGGCUAACUGAUUGAUCGAUUAAGGGCAAUAUGGAAGUCAUUCAAGGCUCUGUUAAAUACAGGACGAGAUCAUUUCAGAUCCCUAAACCUCUUAUUUUUCCCUUUCCAAUUACCAAGGUUAAAAAAAUACAGAACUUGGAUUUUACCUAACAAAGAAAUGAAGUUUGGUAAGUGGGCUGGUUAAGUUUUAGUGAAUUUGGUUACUAGAUAUUCUGAAAUAUACCUCUAUGGACUACAUACCCAAAGCAGAGCAAUGAAGGUUAAAGAGUCCAUUCUCUCAAUCUCUCUCACAAAGCACAUAAAAAAAUGUAGGAGGUAAGGGGAGUGAAGGGCAGAAAGGGAGAAGCAGCAUGGCCUACUGGAAUGCGCAUGAGCCUGGGAGCCAGAGAACCUUGGUUCUAAUCCUGGCUCUGCCAAAUGGUUGCCAUUUGACCUUGGGCAAGUCACUAACUUCUCUGUGCCUCAGUUAUCCUUCCUACUUAUACUCUGAGUUCCAUGCAGGACAGGAACUGUGUCCAACCUAUUCACUUGUACCUACCCUAGUGCUUAGAACUGGGUUUGACAGAUAGUAAGGGCUUAACAAAUAUGAUUUAAAAAAGAGGGGGAAGGUAAGAGGCAAGAGUGAAUGAGAUAUAGGAAGGAAAGAUGGGAGCUGGGCAAAGGGCUUAUGUCCAGUCCAGCACUGGAGAAUGUCACAAGGGCUUUCUCCAUGGACUUCUUUUUCUUUCCGCUGCAGGCUGAACUGAAUAUGUUCAGAGAAUUUCACUUAGCAGAGAACAGCAGAUCUCUGGCUACUCUGAUCAAACACCUCUGUGUUCCCUGAAUUGUAAAAAAAGUCUCUAGUUAGUUAUUAGAAUGAAAAUCUACUGUACAUUUUCACCUGAAAAUAAUUUUUCUGUGGGAGAAAAGAUUCGCAUAUUUCUUUCUCCAGGACAGUAGUACCAGUACUGCAAUGGCAAGAUAUGACUCAUAAAUUAAAUCUUCAAGAGCUCUGCUGUGGUUUUCCUUUGAUUUUUAAAGAUGAUUGUUCUUCAAAUGAGGAAAUACAGAUCUGUCUACCAGAUAGCUGUCUCUAUUAUAAUGUGACUGAAAACUCACAAGCUUUUCAUGAUGUGGGGAGAUAGUCCUUAUAAGAAAAAUAUUUUAGGAAACUGAGCAUGGGUUGUACAGUAUCAAGAUGUUCUUAAGAGAGCUUUAACUGUAAUAAAUGCAUUUUUACUUGUUUUAUGCUUCUUUUAAUGUUUAAUAUAGGAAAAACACUUCAAGUGCAUGUUUUUAACCUGAAAUUUACACUGGAAAUGAAAAAAAAACAGUUUUAUAGUCCCCGAUUAGAGGACCAGAGCAGAAAUCCUUUGGUGCACUUGUCACCUAGUGUAAAUAUGUUGUUUUUUUUAAAAAAAAAUGGCUAUGAGAGCAGUGAAACCAGUAUUUUAUAAAUGUAAUGGAGGUUCUGGAAUGUGAAAUAAAGAAAAAAUGAAAUUUU